UUUAUACGUCUACAGUACCAUGUACACGGUUUUAAGUCCUAAAAUAGUGCAUACGCGGUACAUGUCAAUAAUUUGUUUUUUUGGGCAGACUGUGUUUUACUUUUCACGCGGCUGUGAGUUGGAAAUUGGGGUUUUUUCUUGCUAAACUGCGCACGAGCUCGCUCUUUUCUCAUCCAAACACCAUGGAUCAAGGUUGGAUUUGCUUGAUUUUUGUUUUUCUUUCGCAGUUUGCGGUUUUAAGUCCUAAAACAGUGCGUACGUGGUACCUAUCAAUUUUUUUUUUUUGGACAAAUUGUGUUUUACUUUUCACGCAGCUGUGAGUUGGAAAUUGGGGUUUUUUCUUGCUAAACCGCACACGGGCUCACUCUUUUCUCACCCAAAUGCCAUGGAUCAAGGUUGGUUUUGCUUGAUUUUUGUUUUUCUUUUGCAUUUGUUCAAAUUUUUUCACGUUUUGAAUUUAAAUUCGUUUAUUUUGAUUAGGUUUUUUUAUUUUUGUUACACAAACCAAAUUCUGAAAAUCCACAACAAGAUGCACCUCCUGAAAACCCCGAACAAAACCCACAUAAUGCACCUCCAGCGCCUCCUUUUGAUCGUACACCUAAUACACAGGAGCAAUUGCUUAAUCAGUUAGGGCAAAACACAACUUAAAUAAAUAGACUGGUUAAUAAAUUGAAAACAUUUGAGCUUGAGCAUCAUAAAUCUCUCGCCACUAGCCUAGAAACUUUAGCUAGUGGUGCCACUACAGUUUCCAUUCAAAUUACAAAAUGGGGAAACUAUAGGGAUAGGUGUUGUCAAUUUUAUGCUAGUGGGUUAUCAUAUGAGGGAUUGAAAAACAAAAACAUUAGUAAACAACAAAUGUAUGUCCUUUUUGUUAAUCCUAAAACUGGUCAGUCAUUACCUCUUAAUGCAAAGAGGUUUCCCAUACAUUGGUGUACCAAUGUGUAGAUGAAGAAUCUUUUUUGGCAGAGGUGGUGGAUGGUCUUUGACGAACCAAAAUGUAAUAAUUUUGAGGUGUCAUUGUAUUUUUUGAGGAAAGUAUACUAUGAAUUUGUCCUCAAUGUGCUACCUAAUUAUUUUGACAUGAGAGAGUUUCAUGGUAGAGGUGGUGACUCUACCCAAGAUAGACCUGGAGCCCGUAGCCGAGUAGCCCAGGAGAGUCGUCACCCCCUAGCACCCAAACCCAAGGUGCAUUUGACUGUCCCAGUAGACCUGAAAGAGUCGAUAGAGCUACAGACUCUUCAGGCGGCCACAACAUUGACUAAUGUGAUCAUCCAGCAUGGGACACAGUUAGCACACCCUCUUGUACCAGAUGAUGAGUCAUUAGUUGUUGCAGGUGGCGCUAGUGAACCCAUUCAGCAUCUGUGUGCUACUUGCUCGGGGAUAUGCACAGGGACGGAUGACGAGGCCACUGCAGAUGGAUCCACAUCCCAUUCGUGCAUGAUUUGUGGGAGUAGAUGUCAGACCUGCAUGGCUGAGGAUGUGGCACUGACGGAUGAGUUGAUGGACAUGUUAUUUGGCAGUCAGUCGCAGACACAAGAUGCAGCAACGAUAUUUGAUAUUCCUCCCACAAUUACUGCAGCGGCAACUUCGACGCCUGAGACGUCAGAGGACCAAAUGUCCCAAAUUGAUGAUGUCACGCUCUCAGCAAUCGAUUUUGGCCUACAAGGCUAUACGGGUACCCCCUCCAUCUCCAGGCCUCUUCCUCAACAAAAAAAUUCCUCGAGGACGCCAAAAUGUGGGAAGAAGGUAAUUGAACACAUUUUUAGUUGUACAAUUGUUUGAAAAGGUUGAAAUUGUCUUAGUUGGGAUUUGUAGAUUGAUUAGUGUUUUUUGUAUGUUUUAUAUGUACAACGGUCAUUGAGCUAUGUAGAUAUGUUGAAUGCACCUGAUACGCCCGAGGAUCAAAGAGGGCGGAGCUAUGUAUCUCUACUUUAUUUUCUUGAUUUGAUGAUUAGAUGCACGUGUACAUGUGAACUUGUGAUAAAUUAUAAUCUUAUCAUUUUUUUCAUACAAGAAAUAUCCAUAGCUGCUUCAUUAAUGGCGAGCCCUCCUCCAUGUACUGGGAAGCAUCUCAAGUUCCGUUAAUAGCGACAGCUGCUCCAUCAAUGGUGAGCCCUCGUCGGUCUAUUGGAGAAGCAUCUCAGGCUAAGCCCCCUUCGCGGUUCAGCCAUAGCUUGGAGCCUUUGAAAUUUGUGUAUGAGAAAACUCCUAAGACUAACAAGGAGAAGAGAGCGAAGAUAUUAGAUUCGAGACCAAUCGAUGAGCCAUCUACAGAGCCGCGUACUGCAUCGAAGAAGCUCGAUUUUGAUAAUCCACCACAUGUAUAUGAUCAUAUAGUGUUAGUUGUGGUCAUUGAAUGACCAAUACAUGUAGAUAUAUUCUACAUUUUUAUUGUAUAUUGAUUUGGACAUGGCAUAUGCCACAUUUUUGUAAUACUUGUAUUGACUUGACAUACAUGCCUUUUUUUAUAUAUAUAAAUGUUGAUAUUUGGUCC